AUGCGUAAAACUCAAGGUUUUGAUGUCUUCUGUAAACUUGAAGAUAUUUCUGUUUCCUUUUUAAAUUGUUCUGGUCAACUAUGCGUUGACGGUUCAAUUGGCCCACAAGAUGAGGGUUUCGGUGAAGUUGUUCGUGCUUUGAAUUUUGUUGCUCAAGCGAUGCAACAACAAGUGAAUCUUAAUCAGAAUGCACCUCCUCCUCCUCCACCACCUAAUCAACGUGCUUUGUUAGUUAGAAGGUUUAUCGAACAAAAGCCUGAUUCCUUCAAGGGUAAUCCUGAUCCACUAGUUGCUGAAGAUUGGAUAGAUAAGAUUGAGAAAAUAUUCACUCUACUAGACGUGAAUGACGAGGAUAAGCUGAAUCUUGCAGUUUAUAAGCUUGAGGGUGAAGCCACUCGCUGGUGGGAAUUGACUCGUCAUUCUAGGAAUGACGAGUUGAAGGCUUUUAAGUUUCAGGAGGGACUUAAGCCUUCAAUUAAGAGUAGGUUGUUUGUUUUGAAGAUUACCUCUUAUAAUGAGAUAGUGGAGAGAGCGAUGAUCGCGGAGAGAGAUCUUGAGGAAGCUGCGAGAAUUCGUGAGCGUCAUGAUGGCGAUAGGAAUGGGAACGGUUUUGGUGUCUUCUGUAAACUUGAAGAUAUUUCUGUUUCCUUUUUAAAUUGUUCUGGUCAACUACGCGACAUGUCUCGUCGUACUUAUGGUUCAAUUGGCCCACAAGAUGAGGGUUUCGGUGAAGUUGUUCGUGCUUUGAAUUUUGUUGCUCAAGCGAUGCAACAACAAGUGAAUCUUAAUCAGAAUGCACCUCCUCCUCCUCCACCACCUAAUCAACGUGCUUUGUUAGUUAGAAGGUUUAUCGAACAAAAGCCUGAUUCCUUCAAGGGUAAUCCUGAUCCACUAGUUGCUGAAGAUUGGAUAGAUAAGAUUGAGAAAAUAUUCACUCUAUUAGACGUGAAUGACGAGGAUAAGCUGAAUCUUGCAGUUUAUAAGCUUGAGGGUGAAGCCACUCGCUGGUGGGAGUUGACUCGUCGUUCUAGGAAUGACGGUCUGUUUACCAGGGUGGAAUUUUGA